AUGGCGUCGCCUGAGUCGGAGCAACCCGCCGCCGACCAACCCGCCGCCACUCCCAGCGUGGCUACACCGCUUGACGCGCCACCUUCAGCUGUUGAGAUUGGUCCUACCCAGGUGCUGCACCAGCAGCAACAACUCACCCCAGAACACCCUCAAGGCGAUGAAAUUCGACGUCAGGUCGAGUACUACUUCUCAGACGAGAACCUCUCAUUUGACCGCCACCUUCUCGAGAAAUGUCAAGGUCGCCUCAACCUGCCCGUCCCAAUCAGGUCAAUAUGCGGCUUUCCCAAGAUGCGGCGGUACAAGCCUUAUCUCCAGGUCGUCGAGGCUCUUAAGAAGAGUGUUUUCUUGGAUGUAGUCGAAGGCAACAAGAUCAAGCGCAAGCUUCCCCUCAUGGGCAAGACUGUCCUCGAUGGGCCCGAUGGCGACGAGUCCGACGUCGAUGAUGCGUCGGACCAAGAGAAGCGUCAGCCCGAACCUCAGCCCAAGAAAGGCAAGGAGCCCCGCCGCCCAGCGCAGCAGCCGAAGGUAGAGAAGCCCGUCGGCUUCAACAAGCCGCAUGGAUUCGAGGAAUUCUUCGCCGAUGCCCCGGUCACCCCCGCCGAGUUCCAAGCAGAAGUGGGCAUGUACGACCCAGGCAUUUCCUUCCGAUUACGGAUGGAAUGCGCCAUCCAGCGCUACAAGUCAAGGCGUAAAAUGCACCAGCAUUUUCUCAACGUCUUCGCCAAGUUCAUGAGGUAUGGUGGCGUUGACCAAAGCCAGCGCCAGUUCACAGGUGGCGUGAAUGACAAGGAGCUGGAGGAUCGAGAUGCGCAGGACAUUGCUCUCAUGAUGGCCAACCAUACUAUCGAUACGGAUAAGGAUGACGAGGAGAAGUGGCCUGUCGCCUUUGAGGAAGUCGCCAAGGGCUUUCUAUCUUCCGAGUGGCCGAACCUAGUGUUCUACAACAUGGCUGAGAUACGUCUCGCAUGCACAGUCUUGAGGAAUUUUUACAACUACCUGUUACACCACGACGUUUGCCCGGAGCACAAGGAAGACAUCUACGCUGCGCGCAAACUCUGCAGUGCAGCUGAGUCAGAGUUUCCGAUGGUCAUCGAAGCGUCAGCUAAUCUGCCGGGCGACCUCAAUGUCGCCUGCAGCAACCUUUUUGAUGGCUUCUACAAGGAUAAGUUCGUUAGGAUUGGAGACUGGGAUGACUUGGAAGAACCUCACAUGCGGGGAAAGUUCUCCGAGCACAGCAUGGAGAAGUCCAGUAUUAUCCUGAAGGCUGCCAUCCUCGCUCACGGGACCGAUGAACAGAUUGAGACCCUCGAGAAGGCCUUUGAUGGCAUAACCUGUACUGACGCGACCGAAAGCAUUGGGCUUGAGGUCACUGGGGUUGAGAUGCCUUCUUCAGAUGCUCUUGAGACCUAUGCAGCUCUGAAUGCCCACAGUAAGGGCAGGCUUGAAGUCAAGCCUGUCGGUAAGCUCCACUGCAAGUCCUGGGAUAUUUCGGACUUCACCACUUUUGAUCUUGACGAGGGUUAUGCCAAGGAGCUCCUGGAUGAUCAGAAGAACAGAAGGUACGAAUUCUGGGUCGAAACGGACAUCUUGCAAGCCUGCUUCGUAGGUAUGAAGAUGCAGGCCGCAGUGCGCACCCUCAGCCUGGGCAUACAGGUGUUGGAUCAGGUUCAAGAGGUGUUCUGCUCUUUCUACACCUAUCUGGCCAAUGAGCUCAUGUGGAAGUGGAAGGAGCCCGUCUUCAACGCCGAUGGGCCACCGGAGACCACGACUAACGGUGAUGAGGAUGACAGCGAUGAGCAGCCGGGAAAUUCUGCAGUUUAG